AUGUGGCGUGACCAGGAUCCUGGUCCAAGAUUCCAGGAUAAGCGUGGGUUUGACAGGGUUGUCCCGGUAGAUGCAGGGACAGAUCCCAAGGCCAUGGACUUCAAUUUUCGCUGCAUCAUUUUGUCCAUACCGAGCGAGAAGUUGAAGAGCGAGCAGGGCUCUCGCGGAAACAGCGCAGAUAUACCCAUGCUGCCUACAGAAUAUCCUCAAUUCUGUCAUUGCCAUUGCCAUUGCCACUGUCAUGACAGAGAUGACGGACACAACAGACACAACGCGCACGACGGGCACAACGGGCAUCAGAAGAAGCUAACAUCACACGGAGGAGAUAGCUCGGGUCCUAAACGAGACGGAGACUCCACCACCUUGCUCUCCACCACUGGUGACAGUAUCAGCAAGCCUCCGGACUUGAACGAUGAUUUACUUCCGGCGUAG